AUACACACAUACACAAUGGCAACGAGAUCCAAGAUUCCAAACACAUUAUUGGGUAAACGUAUCAACUCGAAGAACCGGGCUGUGAAGGCCAAGAGGGCCUCGAAGCCUAAGGCGCCCAAGAUGCCGAGGGAAAGAAAGGAGGCGCAAAUUGUCGGCGCGCAGGAGUUGAACUGGAAGGAGGUUGAGAUCCCUGACAACUUGGAGGAUUUUGGUGGAUUUUAUGGGUUGGAAGAAAUCGAUGGUGUGGGUGUGAAGAUCGUCAACGGUAACAUUCAGUUCUCCACUUCUGACGAGAAGAACAUCAUCACUGAAGAGACUGAGGAAGCUGAGAUGGAAGCCGAAGGCACCGACCGAGAGCAAAACGCAGAAGAUGCAGAAGAUCAAGAUGUCGAGACUGCGGAUAUCAAUGAGGAGAACGAACUGACAGAGACUUUGGAGGUCGAGGAAACAGAAUCCGCAGAACAGCCAAAAAAGGCCAAGGAGAAGAAGACGAAGAAGAAGCCAGAGACCAAGUUGUUGACCAACGCAUUCAAUAGCUUAACUGAAAUAGAGUUGCCCAACGACGAAGAUAUCAACUUACCGGACUGGGAGAACGCGGAGAAGGGUCUUUCCUUGUCUCCAUACACUCUUCACGGGUUGUCGCAGCUCGGAUUCAAGAAGCCAACACCGAUCCAGAAGAGCUCCCUUCCAUUAGCCAUGCAAGGAAGGGAUGUUAUCGGUAAAGCGAGUACCGGUUCCGGUAAGACGUUGGCCUACGGGAUCCCAAUCUUGGAGCGCUACUUGACCAACACUAAGCUCUACAAGAAGGGUGAGGUCAGACCACCUACCGGGAUCAUCUUUGCGCCAACCAGAGAGUUGGCGCACCAAGUGGUGGAGCACUUAAAUGAAAUUGCAAAGUACUCCCCAUUGGGUCAGCACGGGAUCGUGGGGGUCACUGGUGGGUUAUCGAUCCAAAAACAGGAAAGAUUGUUAUCUCACGGCCCAGGAAUCAUUGUGGCCACUCCCGGUCGUCUUUUGGAGUUGUUACAGAAGAAUGCGACUCUCCUUUCGAGGUUAUCCAGUACGGAUGUGGUGGUGUUGGAUGAAGCCGAUAGAUUGUUGCAGGACGGCCACUUCGACGAGUUUGAAAAAAUUUUGGAUCUUUUCGGAAAGAGCAGACUGAAGGACCAGAACCUCUCGUACAGAUGGCAGACAUUGGUUUUCUCUGCCACCUUCUCUUCUGACUUGUUUGGAAAGUUGGACAAGCACAGAAAGGCGAAGAACAAUCACGCGGGGUCUCUUGUCAACAACGAUGAAAUCCUCAAGAUGUUGACGGAAAAGUUGAAGUUUAAGGAUCCGAAGCCAGCCUUGAUCGAUGCUAACCCGACCGAGUUUGUUAGUGACCUCGUCACCGAGGCAUUGAUCGAAUGCGGUGCUACCGAGAGAGAUUUGUACUUGUACUACUUCUUGUUGAUGUACCCGGGGACUACCUUAGUGUUUGCCAACAGUAUCGACUCUGUGAAAAGAAUUGUGCCAUUUUUGAACAACUUGGACAUCCCAGCCUUUGCGAUUCAUUCCUCUAUGAUCCAGAAAGCGAGAAUGAGAUCUAUUGAGCGCUUUAAAGAGGCUUCUAGUCAGGGAAAGAGCGCGAUUUUAGUUGCCUCUGACGUUGCGGCAAGAGGUUUGGAUAUCCCAAAUAUCACCCACGUUGUGCAGUACCAUUUACCGCGUUCCGCCGACACCUACGUCCACAGAUCCGGUAGAACGGCCAGAGCCGGAAAGGAGGGUGUUUCCGUAAUGAUCUGUUCGCCAGCUGAAGCCUCGGGGCCGUUAAAAAGGUUACGUAACAUUGUUGCCAACAAGAAGAAGGGGGUGGUCAGAAUCAACGCCAAGGACGACAUCAAGUUGUUGCCGAUUGAGACCGAUAUUCUUGCACAGUGUCUCCCAAGAUCGCAACUUGCAGCUGAGUUGGCUGACUCAGAGGUGUGCGGUAACUCCACGAGAAAAGAUGACAACUGGAUGAAGCAAGCUGCUGAAGACUUGGGGAUUGAUGACAUUUCCGACUUGGACGAGGACGAGAUCAUCAGAAAGCAGCGCAAGAGAAAAGAGUUCAAGACUUUAGACAAGGCCGACACCAAGUCUACCAGAGCCAAGUUGAGACACUUGAUGAAGGCGCUGAUCAGAAAGGACGGCAGACGAAACUACCUUACCGGGGGCCUUACUAAUUUGGCCCACCACAUCGUCAACGGCAACGGACACAGUACCAUCAUCGGCCACGCCAAGACCAACGCUCUUGUGGACUUGCGCAGCGGGAAAUCCAAGAACGCCAAGGACGAAAAGGCCCGCAGGGCAGCCGAGAAGCAGACCGAGAGAAAGACCGAGAGAAUUGCCGAUAAGAAGGCGAAGAAGAACGCCAAGAGAAAGAAGGUGUAGAUGUGUUCAGCUAGUGUAUUAUAUGUUGUUAGAAAGCAG